GACACAGAUACAUAGAUCAAUACUGAGAGAGAGAAAGGCAGAGGAAUCAAUGAAGAAACGGCAAAAAAGGAGAUGGUGAGAUAGCAUGCAGUUCAGCUCAGCACGAAAGAGUGACAGAGUGAAGAGACAGUGGGAGUGAGCAUCGGAGCAGCUGGCAACCUGAAAGGGAGAGAGAGAGCGUCUAAGCUCACUCGAGAGAGAGAGAGAGAGAGAGAGUGAGAGAGAGUGUGGAGCACCACGUUGCCCAUCCUCAUAUUUCCCUCUGCAGCUGUGUGAAGCAGAGUGAGCGGUGGAGAGGAGAGAGCACAUCUGAGUCUCGUGGAAAGCAGCAGGGCCAGGUACCACUUGGCCGAGAGAUCGAUGCACUUACGCCGAGCCACACAGGAAGGGUGAGCGGCCCGCAGGACGUCUGUGCACAAAGAGAGAGAGAGAGGGCGAGAGAGAAGAGAGCGAGAGGGAACAAGAUUACCCAAAGCCAAUUUGAAAGCUUUCAGCCGGUCACUCAGAGCAGCAACCCAGAGACCAGCACUAAAGGGAUCAACUCUGGGCGGUACUCUCAAGGUGCAGAGUCAGAGAGAGACUGCCAACAAAGGAACAAAGUCUUCACAGAAAAGGCUAUUCCUGGAAGUGAUAGCAUCGCAAUCUGAUGUCCUGCUACAGAGAUGUAGCCAAGAUAACCCAUUCAAUCUGACCUUAUGUCCUCCUCUGCACUUGAGGUUUCUUCAGUUUGACCCAGUGUGCGAGUGGACAGGAGUAGUAGGUUUGUUCCCAGCAUGCCACUGGCACAGCAGCAUCAGCGGGCCGCUGCGCCCACAACAAGCUGGAUCCUGGCUUUGGCUCUGUUUCUUGCUCUACAGGGUGCCGCUCAUGCUGCUCCAUCGGGAGACAACAAGCUGGUUCGUACCACCAGAGUGAGGAGGCAGGCCCUGGGGGAGGAUCAACCCCCCUUUGCUUCCUCAGUCAACCAGACCCUGCGGGAGCAACCUGUGGUCUUUAACCAUGUCUACAACAUCAAUGUGCCCUUGGAGUCUCUGUGCUCCGUUGACCUGGACGCCUCUGUACCACCUGCCCCAGGUGACGGUUCUCGUGCUGAGUUGGGAUCCAGACCUUCUGUGGAGGGACCAAUGGAUCCGAAUGGACCAACAGAAUACACUGAGCAGACGCUGGAUGCUGACAGCCAGGUAACAUUCACUCACCGCAUCAACAUCCCAAAAGCAGCAUGCGGCUGUCCUGCAACAACCACAAUCCAGCAACUCGCCACCAGGGUGGAGAUGCUGGAGAGAGAGGUUUCACUGCUCAGAGCUCAGUGUGGAUCUGGAUGCUGUGGAGACAGCUCAGCCAUGGCGUAUAUACCUUUCUUCCCAGGCCGUUUGGACUUCGUCCCAGGCUGCAGCGGCCACGGCAGCUUCAGCUUUGACCUGUGUGGCUGCGUUUGCGAGGAAGGCUGGACCGGCAAAAACUGCUCCGAGCCUCGCUGCCCCAACGACUGCUCUGGCCAGGGCGUGUGCGUCGAAGGAGAGUGCGUGUGCGACCGUGACUUUGGAGGUGACAACUGCUCAGAGCCGCGGUGCCCUUCAGACUGCUCGGGCCGAGGCUUGUGCAUCGACGGGGAGUGUGUGUGCGAGGAGUCCUUCACGGGCGAAGACUGCAUGGUUGGAAGGUGUCUUAAUGACUGCUCUGACCAGGGGUUGUGCAUCAACGGGACGUGCCAAUGCCGACCCGGGUAUGUGGGAGAGGACUGCUCGCUGGUCUACUGUGCCAACAACUGCAGCAAGAAGGGAGUCUGCAAAGAAGGCUUCUGUGUCUGCCAGGAUGGCUUUGCCGGAGACGACUGCAACUCUGUGGCCCCGGCCAUGAACUUGAAUGUACGAGAGGUGACGGAUCGUACUAUUGACCUGGAGUGGGAGGGGUCUGUUGUGCUGACAGAUUUCUUAGUGACCUACACACCAAGCAGCCCCGGAGGUGUGCAGCUAGAGAUAAGGAUUCCAGGCAAUACCACCACCUGCACUAUCUCAGGGCUGGAGGCAGGCUUGGAGUACAACAUCAAUGUGUUUGCUGUCAUUAACAACACUAUCAGCGUUCCUGCCAGUAUCACUGUUUGGACCUAUCUCUCCAAUCCAGAUGGUUUAGUGUUCAAAUCCAUCACAGAGACGUCGGUGGAGGUCCAGUGGCAACCUUUCUACUAUUCCUUCGACGGAUGGGAGAUCAGCUUCAUCCCCAAGGACAACGAUGGAGGGAUGACAGCGCAGCUUCCCAGCACCAUCACUUCUUUUGUGCAAACUGGCUUGAGGCCUGGUGAAGAGUAUACAGUUAACCUGGUGGCGCUCCGAGACCAGGGCCGAAGCCAGCCAGUCACUGCUACUGUCAUAACGUUGAUUGAUGGGCCUACUCAGCUGAUUGUGCGAGAUGUGUCAGACACUGUGGCAUUUGUGGAGUGGACACCACCAAAAGCAAAGAUUGAUCAGAUCGUGUUACGCUAUGGUCUCGUGGGAGGAGAAGGGCCGCGGACCACCUUCCGCCUUCAGCCCACACUUAGCCAGUACUCUCUGCAGGUUCUGCGUCCCGGCUCUCGUUACGAGGUGUCUGUGAGUGGUGUGAGGAAAGGAAACGAAAGCGGAUCUAUUUCCACUGAAUUUACUACCGCUUUAUCAUUCUUCUCAGAGAUCGAUGCCCCCAAGAACUUGCGGCUCGUGUCCAAGACCUCCACCACCCUUGAGCUCGAGUGGGACAACAGUGAAGCAGAGGUGGAGGGCUACCAGGUGGUGUACAGCACGCUGGCAGGAGAUCAGUAUGAUAAAGUCAUCGUACCACGCAACGAGGGAGCCACCACUAAGACGACGCUCACAGACCUGCUUCCAGGCACUGAGUACGGCAUCGGCAUUUCUGCCAUGAAAGGUAGCAACCAGAGUACCCCGGCAACAAUGAAUGCCAGGACAGGUCUGGAUGUGCCAUUGGAUCUAACUGUGACGGCGUCUACAGACAACACCAUCACUCUGGUGUGGGGCCUCGUCCAGGGCCCCAUCGACCACUACAAGGUCACCUACACAUCUUCCUUUGGCAUCACCACUGAGCUGACGGUACCUAAAGAUGUAACCACCACCACUCUGACAGACCUUGAGCCUGGGACUGAGUACACCAUCACCGUAGCAGCAAGAAGAGGAAGGCAGCAGAGCACUGCAGCCACCAUAGACGCCUUCACAGGAAUCAGGCCUGUAACCCACCUCUACUUGUCAGAAGUGACUUCAGACUCUGUGUCGGUGGCGUGGAGCGCCCCAGCACCGCCCGCUGACCUCUUCAUUCUGAGCUACAGCUCUGCCGACGGGACCGACACCUCUAAGGUGACACUGGACGGCUCCAAGACGAGGUCACUGGUCCAGGGGCUGCUGCCAUCCACUCAGUACACCGUCAGUCUGAUCACAAUACAGGGGGAUGUUACCUCUGAGCCCAUUACAGCAUCACUCACGACAGGCAUGGACCCACCAAAGGAAAUGAUGGUGUCAGAUGUGACCGAGGACUCGGUGACCAUCUCUUGGAUCAAACCACUGGCUCCAUUUGAAUACUAUAAGCUCUCCUACCAGUCAGACAGAGGUCGAGUGGACAGCAUGGUGAUUGACAGCGACGUGACAAACUACACCUUGUCCAGUCUGUUUCCUGCUACCGAAUAUGAGAUCAGUCUCAACGCUGUCAGAGGGAGUCAGGAGAGCAAAGUUGUCAGCACUUCUGUCUUCACAGCGAUGGACAUGCCAGCUGAGUUGACGGCCCUCAACAUCACUCCACAAGGAGCCCUGCUGAGGUGGAAUCCCCCCAUAUCCAAUGUGGACAACUAUGUGCUGACCCUCACACACAACCAGGUGACGGCCGAUACUUUCCUGGUGGAAGGCAACAAGCAGGAGCACCAGUUGUCUAACCUUAAGCCGAGCACCACCUACUCUGUAUCCCUCUACGCCACCAAAGGACCCCUCACAAGUGGAACUGUCAUCACCAACCUCCAGACGCCCAUGGACGCACCCCUGAACCUGACAGCCAGCGAAGUGAAUCAUCGCAGCGCUCUCAUUUCCUGGCAGCCACCAAUCGCCGAAAUUGACAACUACAUGCUCACCUAUAAGUCCGCAGAUGGCAGCCGGAAAGAGCUGAUCCUCGAUGCAGAGGACACGUGGAUUCGACUGGAGGGAUUGGCUGAGACUACAGAGUACACCGUCAAGCUGCAGGCUGCAAGAGGACUAGACACCAGCGCUGUAGUCUCCACUACCUUUACUACAGGGAGUCGCCUGUUUGCAACACCUCAGAAUUGUGCCCAACACCUGCUGAACGGAGAGACUCUGAGCGGCGUCUACACCAUUUACAUCAACAGGGACCCCAGCCAGGGCGUGCAGGUGUACUGUGACAUGACCACAGAUGAAGGAGGCUGGAUUGUAUUCCAGCGUCGUCAGAAUGGCCUCACAGACUUUUCGAGGAAGUGGAGUGACUACCGGGUCGGCUUUGGAAACCUGGAGGAUGAGUUCUGGCUUGGUCUAGACAAUAUCCAGAAGAUUGCUGCUCAGGGUCGCUAUGAGCUGCGGAUUGACAUGAAGGACGGGCAGCAGUCGGUCUACGCCAACUAUGACAAGUUCUCCAUUGGAGAUGCAAGAAACCUCUACAAGCUCAGAAUAGGAGAGUACAAUGGCACCGCUGGUGACUCUCUCAGCUACCACCAGGGCCGGCCCUUCUCUACAAAAGACAGAGACAAUGACAUUGCUGUCACUAACUGUGCCUUGUCAUACAAAGGAGCCUGGUGGUACAAGAACUGCCACCGGGCCAACCUCAACGGCAAAUACGGCGAGUCCAGACACAGUCAGGGUAUAAACUGGUACCACUGGAAAGGCCACGAGUUUUCUAUUCCCUUUGUGGAGAUGAAGAUCAGGCCGUUCAACUUCCGUAGCAUCAGCAACAAGAGGAGGCGGUCUGCCCCUGUAUAAACAAACCACCUCCAUCCAGCCCAGAGUCAAGGAUGAAUAGAGUUCAGAUGAUGUUUAGCGUUGAGUUUCUGCAAUUCGUGUGCCUCACUGAUAGAAAAGGCAAGCUGUAAUUUAACAGCGCCAAGGCUACUGUGGGUUAUUACAAAAAGCUACUAAUGUUUUAUUAAGAUUUGUAAAAUAUUAAACCACAUUAAUACACUACCAACUAUCAUAAGCUGUUAUAACUAUGGAUUUGAUGAUACAAUUGCAGCGGCUGAAACAAUGUCUGAACUCUGUUGAUCUCUGCACCUGCCCGGAUUUAGCUGUCUUUCCCUGCUGUACUUCUACCCAGACGAUAGAAGACACUGUAUGUAAUUUAUUAAAUACUUUGAAUGACAAUGGUUCUAUUUGCUGUAAAAAAAAAAAAAAAAGGAAAGGCAAACCAAGAAGCUUUGUUUCUCUUUAAUCUGGGAUUUGCCUUUCCCUGGGAUGCGAGGAAAUGUGCUCAGAAAUGCCCUCAAGCGUGAGAGCUAGCGUUAUUUUAACCGUUACAAAAGAACACUUUUAACUAAAAAUAUACUGUAUAUGCCCUAAAAACCCUUAACUGUAAUAUAUAUAUAUUUUUAUAACUGAUAUUGUGACAAAGUCCAUCUACUUAAUAUGAUUUGAUGCCUUGGUUUUUGACCCUGUAUUAAGUUAACAUAAACAUGACGACAAAUGCUGGACGUGAGAUAAAAUGAGCAUUUAAAAGCAAAACUGAACAUCCAGAAUCAUCAAUCACAAAGCAGUGCACCAGCAAUCAGCUUUACGACCAUCUAUCGUGUUUGUUUUGUUUCCACUGUUGAUUACAGUAUCGUUUUGUGUUAACUGUUAACGCAGAAUGAAAAUAAUCAUCAAUAUUAUGUUAUUAUAGGUAGCCACACUGAGACAAUAUUUGCACUGUGAGUGGGAACACAGCGAAGCUAUUGUUGUUCAUUUAAUUAAUCUCUUUAGUUGGUCACGGGCAUUUAGUAUUUCCUGGACUUUGUUUUCAAGCAAAUAAUCACUUAAUAACUGUUUCAACCUUGUUGCAGAGGCUAUGUUUGCUUGCAGAGAUGGUGCUGAAAGAUCUAACAUUUAACCAAAGACCUGCAUAAUAAAGACUUGGCCUACUGUUUGGAGAGAUGCCAGUCAGUUCUGUCACCAAAGUCACUGAAGCAGCUUUUUCCUGUAUAAUUAGAAUCCCAUUUUUCAGGGACUUUUAUGGUAAUCAUGUCCCCAGGCAUUAUUUUAUGCAUUGUGAUCACUAAACUCUAUGCAGAAGAAAGUCAGGGUGGGCAUGGUGCAGAUUUGAGCCUGGCGUCUCUCCCACUGCUAGCUGAAAUGAACUUAACAAAGAAAGCAAAACAGUUGGUGGAGUGGAGCCAAGUCUUUCUACUGUGCUCUUCUUUCACUUGCUUCACAAUUUAAGCUCCCCAGCGGAAAAAGAAAAUCAGCAAACAUGGCUGACAGUGUAUUCUUUUAAGUGGGGCGGGUGUAAUCUGCAGCAUGCCUACCGAACAUUUUGUUUCAUUCAGUGUUGCACAGGAGUGUUCAAUGCCAGUUAGUUGACUGCAGUUUUGUGGAAACUGUUUUGUUGUAGUUUCCUGCCUCCUCUGCGGGAGCAAAAUUAUCUCGGUGGAGUUCCAAGACAAACCGCACACGACUGGCCGAAUCUCCUCUUAUACCAUCGAUAAAAACAAAAAGCAUUGUCCACUACGAUCCAUGGAAAUGAAUGCCGCCAUCACUGCAAGCAACAUUUGGUUUCACACGUACAGUAUUCCAAAUACUUGUUUUUUUUUCCUCUUUGAUUAUCUGGAAAGUGUUUCUUCUGUAUUUGUUUUACUUUCUCCAAUUCACCUUCCUCAUUAAAGCAAACCAGCAAAGCUGCCUCCUAUCACGACUGUAUAUUUUGCAUUUGUUGUUUUUUUUCCUCAUUAGACUUGAAAACAAUAGUUAAUGCUCCCCUCUAUAAACUACUAAUAAUAUACUCAUGUAGAUAUAGAGUUGAAGAUACUGUGUUUUUUGAUGUGUCCCCCCUUUAGAUGCAAACUAAUUCACAAAGCCCGCUUGAAAGUUUCCAUUUUGACCAUUGUAUUUUAAACCGGUGUUGUGCUAAAGGAUGGAUGGAGCCUAAUGCAUGUUGACUAAAUUGCAGUCAAGAGCCUGACAGUAAAUAACAAAUGUGUUGAGAAUAUGUUUCAAUUUGAUUUACGUUUCUUUGCUGAUCUGAGUAAAAGGUGCUCUUGUAAUGGUUUACAAGGCAGAAGAUAUAGAUCACUUUGAUUAUCAGCCUCUAAGCCCGAUGAUCAACACGCGACAGUUCACAGGUCUGAUUCAUAUUUUAGUGUCGAAGUGACUCUUUCAGACUCCCUCAUACAAUCCAUCUCCCAUAGUGAUUUAAAAUAGAGUAGAGAAUUCUCUAUGUACUCACUUCAUUAGCUAUUUAGAUGAAGUUUGCCUCAGCGGGUUUUUGUACAAGGAACAAAGGUCGGGGAGCUUUGCAGAAAGGGAACAGAAUGUCAUUUGUAUUGUGAGGGAUCUCUCUCAUUGCAAACUAUAAGGUGCUCUUAAAUCCUCUGAGAAGAAAGCUAAUGAUAUAUUUACAAUUAUUUUACUUAGUUUCCAAUAAUCCAUCAGUUUAAGUGUUUUUAUUUCCUUCUUGCACUUGUUUAAAGUGUCCUUAUAGGACAAACAUUAAAAUUCAUUGCAAUCAAUAAUGUAAUAAUUAAAAAAAAAAAAAAGACUUAGUAAUAUUUCUCAUCAUCAACAGAUUUUAGGAGAAUAAUUUGAAAUUGAGCAAAACUAAUGGUCUUGUUAUGAAGGCAUACCUGAAGUUGCAAAGAAAAAAAGAGUCUGAAAUAUUUUCUUGGUGUUCUGCUUAAUUUAAAGAGAUUCUUUCUCACAUAAAGCGUGAUCAAGCAGAUCUUUUCUGGCAGUCGAGGGGAUGUUAAUUUGGAUUUUGUCUGUAUUUUGUGUUUUCCAUUGUGUAAAAUGUCAUCUUUUCAAUCUACUUCGUAACAUGAUGUUCAAAAAGACGAUCUUGUUUAAACUUCUGUCGCAGUGAACAGAACACAUUCACACUAUUAUCAUGUGUACCCGGCUGAUAAUAGGAAAGCAAACCUAAUACCCCUAAUUAUUUCACUGCUAUUUGAUUUCCAGUUCCUCCUUAACUGAUGCGACACAAAGUCCUACAAGGCGUCAGACACAAGAAAUGUUUCAUGUUGUGGGUUUCCGUUCACAAGUUGAUUAACGGAUAUUGCCGCCACUUGGUGAUAUGUCACAUGAGCCAGAUAUUGUAACUGCAUUGAUUUGAAACCUUGCCAUGAAAAUGUAAAUGUUGACAAAAUGUGAUCUUGACUGUUUGAAAAGCUCAUAUAAGCUGAAACUAAGGAUUUGUUGUUGGAUAACCUUGGAUAUUACUGUCAAAUUUAGCUCUAGUUUGACUUAAACAUGUAUUAUAUAGUUCCUUUUUUAAUACAUUUUCUACAUAUUAAUAAAUUAUUCAAAUAGUCUGA